AUGACAUCAACAUCAUCAUUGCUUGACACCACAGAUGAGUCUCACUCCAUGGCUGUAGACGGAUCAUCGUCGAUCGUGUUUUCACCAUCAACAGCAAAAGCGCGUUACAGAGCUGAAAUGACAACUGCCACAAUACAUAACACGACAGACAUGGACGACAAUGGUAACAAUACUGCAAACGAGGAAGUAAUGAAACCUAAAUCUCCAUUCUCCCCGUUCGCUUUGAUCCAUUCUGGCAGCGUGGCGGAGGCUACCUACAAGUCCUUCUUCCUUUUGACAGAGAACAUCACACUUCCCCUCUAUUUGAUCGCCCUUGCUACCAACAUCUGCAACGUCAUCGUGUUCUGUCAGAAACGGAUGAGAAGCCCGACAAGUACCAUCCUCCUGGCCAUGUGUAUUUCCCAGGUCCUCUACCUUAGCUGCACCCUCGUCACCAAAACCAUGAGGUAUAUAUACGGCAAAGAAGUCGAAAGUGUACGCUUCUACAAACUCUACGGACUCUACGUAAACCUCUACGUGGCUGUGGCUUUGGGGAGACUUGGAUUUUGUUACAACUUUUUGUUGUCAGCUGAGAGGUUCAUCGCUGUGACGUUUCCUCUACAAGCCAAAAGUAUGCGUCUUGUGAAAAACCCAAGUGUCGUCUGUGUUUUAAUAAUGGUGGCAAGUUUCGUCGGACAUAUUUUCAGCCCAAUGAAAUUUUAUGUCAAGCCUUAUUCCACUUCAGACAACAUAACAGUCUACAGGUACGCCUCUUCGCCAUUGUAUGUAAAGUAUGAAGUUCAUUUCAUGAACUGCAGCUUGGCUAGCCAAUUCAUAUUUGUAUAUUUCAUGCUUCUCGGAUGCCUUGUCUUCAACUUCCUGAUUGUAAUAUCACUCCGACGUCACAGCAAAGCGCGACAAUCUAUGAAGACCACUCAGAACACUGGAGAUGCCCAGAAGAAAGAGAUGCAGACGACAAUAACCAUCAUGGCGUCAACCGUUGUCGUCGUUAUCCUCGCUCUGCCUUCCAACGCCAACUCCUUCGCCAGCAGCUUCAACGAUGACUACGGCCUAUUUACUAGGGAACACUAUCUUUUCUCACUCGUAACCAUGGUCGGAGGUAUUUGUCAGCUCGUCAGUAACUUCACCAACUUCUUCUUCUACAUUGCCCUCAGUGCAACCUUCCGGAAAACCUUCAUCCAAGUGUUCAUCCCAUGUGCAACUUCCGGUAAGUCUGCAAAGAGUACCGUAACAGGAACUAGCAACCUCGGCACCGUUUCGGCAGACAUCUCACGUCGUAACUGA